AUUUCCCCUAUGUGGGAACAUUUCGAUUUGAUAAGCCCUAACAAGGUGAGGUGUUUAUUGUGCUCCAAGGAGUUGGGGUACAAUAAUAACACCUCAUCCAUGCUAAGGCACUACCGUGCCUUGCAUGAGAAUAGGGAGGAAACUGGAGCUUCACCCAGCCAAGCCACCAGAAAACAAGAGCUGGAUGAAGCUCUAGUCUCCAUGAUAGUGAAGGAUACCCAGCCUUUCACUAUUGUGGAUGACGUUGGAUUCAGGACAUUUGUGUCUAAGCUGGAUCCCAAUUAUGUUCUCCCUACAAGGCAGGCUCUGAAGGCCAUGGUGGAGGCCAAAUAUGAGUCUGCUAAGGAGCACGCUAAGGCUAAAGUAGAGAAGGUGGCUGCUGUUAGCCUUACAUCAGAUAUGUGGACAUCCAUCAACAUGGAUGCCUACCUGGCAGUGACAUGCCACUUUGUGGAGGAGAACAAAAAGCUGAGCUCGGUGUUGUUGGGAGUGCAGGCAUUCCCCCAGUCUCACACUGCUGAAAAUAUUGCUUGUGUGAAAGCCUCCCUGAUGGAGGAAUGGGGAAUCUCAGGCAAGGUGACAUGCAUGGUCACUGAUGGUGCUCCUAAUAUGGUGGCAUGCAUGAGAGAGCUGAAGCUUCGCCACCACAUUUGUGUUGCUCACACCCUCAAUCUUGCUGUGAAGAGGGCUCUUGACCAGCACCCUGUGCUCUCUGGCCUCCGGGCCAAAGCAAGGAAGCUGGUUGGCUGCUUUAGAAGCAGCACCACUGCUAAGGAGAAGCUUACACAAGUGCAGCUUCAGCUGGGCAUGCAAGCAACCAAGCUGAUGCAGGAGGUGGAAACAAGAUGGAACAGCACCUACUUGAUGCUGCAACGUCUGGUGGAGUUGAGGGAGCCAGUAGGAGCGGCAUUGGCUGGAUUACACACUGGCAUUCCCUUUUUCACUGCCAGUGAGUUUGACAUUGUUGUAGCAUGCCUUUCUUUACUCUCUCCUUUCUAUGACGCCACCACGGAGCUCUCUGCAGAAGAACACGUGUCGGCAUCAAAAGUUAUCCCCCUCCUGAAGAUGAUAGAGAAAGCCCUUCAGGAGGAAGACACCAAGUCGGCACCUGCAGUAGCAGUGGAAAUAGGAGAGCAGCUCAUCAGACAGCUCAGGGAGAAGCUGCACAUGCUCCCCUGCUGA